UGUUGCGCUGUAUCUUGCGUUUGAUGCUAGUUUUCCUCUCGCUAUAACAAAUUGGAAAAUUAUUAAAAUAUAUUACAUAAGGAAAACUGUGUGGUAACUGUCAACCUUUUGGAGUAGUGUGAAAAAAUCUUAAUGAUAAAUAAAGUUUCGUUUUUUGCCAAAGUCAAUGGUUAGUGAUUACGUUUUGUGCAAGCAAGAAAAGCUUAGGCUACACUAAUUAAUGGCCGAGGCGUUAGCAAAGGCAUACGAGAAAUCCCCACCCAAUGCAGCAGCAGAGAAGUAAAUACUCUUGCAUACCAACACAACGCCAAGUAUGAGAGUAUGGCAAAAUAAUGCUCAGUGAUAGCGACGAUGGCAUCAAUAAUAAUGAACAUUAAAACAGUAACUGGAACCCACCAUUAAAAACAGCAACAACCACAACAACAACAACGACACCAACGAACAAACGAACAAGGCGAUAAAAACCGACGAACGCACAGUAACCGCAUAGAAAAAGCAAAAACUAACGGAAGUGCCUCACAUAGCAAGAAUAGAAAAAUUAGAGAAGCGCAAAAGAAAUCGUAUACUCGAUUAUGCGAUGCUACCAACAGUAAAAACAACAAAUGUCAUCAAUGGAAGAGGCAUAAAAACGAGCAGCAGCAGCUGCUGCAAUUGGAAGCGACGAGCAGAGGCGAAGGUGGCAGAGAAAGCGCAAAGGAAUGCGGGAGGCAGGAUGUCAGUGAGGAAGAGGAAUCAAAAUGAAGUGAUUGCGUUUCAGGCUGAAUAAAAAAUCCAGGCGAGUAAACAAAUUAAAGCGCUGACUACGAAGUAAAACAGUUAGAGAGGCGAUAAAAAAAUUAAGUCACAAAAACAAAAACAAAAAGCAAAGCAGAAAAUAAACCAAGUAGACUGUUUCCGAGGCAGAAGUGCUCAAAGCAAAGAUAUAAGGAUAAUUUGCUAGAUUAACCCAAUCCAUCCAUUAAAAAACAGUAUUAAAAAAUACAAAAAUUGAGAUGCAGCAAGUGGAAUUUGGAGAGAAAGAGAGGAGGUAAUAGAAGUUAUUGAGGGCAGGAAGCAAGCUUUGAAAGGAAAAAAUCAAAGUGCGCGAGCAAAAAGGAAAAAAUGUCAAAGUAAGACGAUAAGCAGACUUUAGAUACACAGCAAAAAAGCUUCAAAACAGCCAGCGACAAGAACAAGAAAAACACAAAUAUUAUCAGUAGAAAAAAAAUCGUUUGAAAAAGUGAACAGAGAAAGUAAACAGCAAACUGUGCAGUAUUACGCCUCCGAGCAAACUCACUCUGCGUAAGCAGAAGAGUGAGGGAUAGAAGGAGUUUGUGUAAAGAGCGGAAGUUGACGCUGAUUGACAACGCGCCAGCGGAAGUAGUCAUAUGAUCCGCAAAAUGAAGGCAUUAGUUUUUAGCCAAAAAGCAAACAAGCGACGAAAAAACGUUAAAACCAAACGUCAAACGCCAACAGGCAGCCGAGCAUUGACAACAUGCGCGAACACAAAAAUCAAGGCAAAAAUAUGCAAAGCUGCAACAACAACAACAACAACACGAGUACAUAACAGUAACACCACACAACUGGUAGCGCCAUUAAUAUGCCUCAACAGCAAUAGCAGCUGCAGUGGUAAUGUCAACAUCAGCAACAGCAACAGCAAAAGCAAAAGCAGCAACAAAAGCAGCUACAAAAGCAGCUACAAAAGCAGCUACAAAAGCAGCAGCAACAGCAGCAGUGUCAACAACGGAAGCAGGCGCUACUGCAGCAUAGGCAGCAAUUUAACACCCACCUUCAAAGAACACCAGCACCAAUACCACCACCAACAUUGCCUCGCCCCAGGUCAGCUGACGCACAAAAUGCCACCCUGUACGCCGCCGAUUUUUAAAACAACAACUACUCAAGAUAUUCAGCUAAAACAUAGCAAGCAAGUGAUUGUGGAACAGCAGCAGCAACAACAACAACAACACCAGCAGCAACAAAAACAACAAGAAAGUGUUCAAAGCCGUUGCCUUGCCAAUUAUCAGGAGCAACUUCAGCAUCAGCCACCGCUGCUGCCAACCUCGCCACCACCAUUGUCGUCACUUAACCACCCACACCCACGCCAACGCCCACGCCAACUACCAACAAUCAGCGCAGCAUCUUUUUUGCCCAAAUCUUGGCCAACUUUGACAUGGCGCACAUUGUUCGCUCGCUUACAUUUCCACUUUGGUAUUGCCGUCGUCAUUGUGCUGGCCUCCAUUUUAAUGUAUUCAUGCCCAUGCGCGUCGGCAUUACGGCUGACAAAUGGCAACACUAAAACUUUAUCCGCUAAUAAGGACCAAUUAAAUAUUGGCCUAAUUGCACCGCACACAAAUUUUGGCAAACGUGAAUAUUUACGCGCCAUUAACACAGCCGUACAGGGGCUGGCCAAGACGCGCGGUGCCAAGCUGACAUUCCUGAAGGACUAUUCAUUUGAGCCGCGCAACAUACAUUUCGACAUGAUGUCGCUAACGCCAAGUCCGACAGAUUGGAGUAACUGUUGUCACUGUCCCAUCAUAAAUGACGAUUCCGGCUGA